AGCUGCGGACAGGGGCUGUGAGGUGGCAGCGGCUGCAGCGGCGGAGCCGGCGCCUCAGCGGGCACUGGGGUCUGUUCCCCCUUCCCCGUCCCUGUUCCCUGCCAGGCGCGUGCAGGACGCCGCUCUUGGUCCCCACGCCCCCGCCCCGCCCCCUCCCGGGACGCUGGGAGCCCCCGGUCGUCCUUUAUCCGGUGUCCACCGGCCCCCGGCCCUGGAACCCGGGCUUCCUCCCCGAGGGCCUUGGGCGUCCCUCCUGGCCCUGCGCCCGCUGCCUCGGUGCUGUCUCUGGCGCGGCCUCCGCUCCCGCCGACGGGCCUGAGAACGAGGUCUGUGCCCCAGUCUCCCAGCCGCGACCUCCGACCCCGGCUCGCAGAACGACCCGAGCUGGGCUCCCGAGCCCCCUUCUCAGCAGCCCGGAGACGUGGCCAGUUUAUUUCUGUUUUGAGAAGAACGGCGAAGACUCGCGUCGGGCCUUCGUUCUAGGGCUGGACUUGGUCUCUGAUUGCCGAGAGGUAGAGCAGGGGCUCUGGGCCCCCGGCAGGGGUCCUGUCGGAAGCUGGCCGCGCUUCUGUUUGCGUUCCCAGAACCCUGGCGUUGUCUCUAGUUGCUGCUUGUCCUCUCUCUUUGCUUUUGGUUUGUUUCAUUUGGCCCCUGGGGCCCUGGUAAAACCAGGCACCGAAUCGCUCGCACACAGUAGGAGUUCCAGUCCCCGCCUGCUGUCUCCUCAGCAGCUGGGGUUCCGAGGAGAAUGCCCUGCAAGAUGGCUCCAUCGGCCAUGGCGCUCCUGAGAGGCUGUCAGUGCUGAGUCACCGAUCUACCUCAUUCGGGUGGGCAGAACUUGUGUGUGCCAUGCGAGUGGCUCCAGACCUCUCCUGAGUGGGAGGAGGGGUUCUUGUAGCCGUUGCGUCUCCUCACACACGGGGAGCAGAGUAGAAAGAGGCUCCGGCCCCUCCCUUGUGCCCGCCGGGCCUGCCGCAGUGGCUCAGCAGCCCCUUCAGUAGCCCGCCUGAGGACCGAUGCCAGAGGCAGGCAUUCUUCCGGAAAGGCCCACUGAGGCAGGCUCCGGCUCCUCUGGUUGGGGGCUGUUGUUUUGAUGGAUCGUGUGCUUUUCCCUAACCUCUUACCACUUGCUGUCAUCUGUUGACUUAGGCCCAACCUGCAGAUGUGUGUAGUGCUCCUUUUUGGGUUAGCUUUGGCAGUAUUGAGUUUUACUUCCUCCUCUUUCUAGUGGAAAACAGACCAUAAUCCCAGUGUGAGUGAAAUUGAUUGUUUCAUUUAUUACCGUUUUGGCUGGGGGCUACUUCCGAAGAGCAGGCAGAAGGAGUUGUGAAGACAGGACAAUCUUCUUGGGGAUGCUGGGCCUGGAAGCCAGUGGGCCUUGCUCUGUCUUUGGCCUCAUUGACCCCAGGUUCUCUGGUUAAAACUGCAAGCUUACUACUGGCCUGGUGCCCAUCAACCCAUUGAUCCUUGAGGCUGUGCCCCUGGGGCACCCACCUGGCAGGGCCUACCACCAUGCGACUGAGCUCCCUGUUGGCUCUGCUGCGGCCAGCGCUUCCCCUCAUCCUAGGGCUGUCUCUGGGGUGCAGCCUGAGCCUUCUGCGGGUUUCCUGGAUCCAGGGGGAGGGAGAAGAUCCCUGUGUCGAGGCUGUAGGGGAGCGAGGAGGGCCACAGAAUCCAGAUUCGAGAGCUCGGCUAGACCAAAGUGAUGAAGACUUCAAACCCCGGAUUGUCCCCUACUACAGGGACCCCAACAAGCCCUACAAGAAGGUGCUCAGGACUCGGUACAUCCAGACAGAGCUGGGCUCCCGUGAGCGGUUGCUGGUGGCUGUCCUGACCUCCCGAGCUACACUGUCCACUUUGGCCGUCGCUGUGAACCGUACAGUGGCCCAUCACUUCCCUCGGUUACUCUACUUCACUGGGCAGCGGGGGGCCCGGGCUCCAGCAGGGAUGCAGGUGGUGUCUCAUGGGGAUGAGCGGCCCGCCUGGCUCAUGUCAGAGACCCUGCGCCACCUUCACACACACUUUGGGGCCGACUACGACUGGUUCUUCAUCAUGCAGGAUGACACAUAUGUGCAGGCCCCCCGUCUGGCAGCCCUUGCUGGCCACCUCAGCAUCAACCAAGACCUGUACUUAGGCCGGGCAGAGGAGUUCAUUGGCGCAGGCGAGCAGGCCCGGUACUGUCAUGGGGGCUUUGGCUACCUGUUGUCGCGGAGUCUCCUGCUUCGUCUGCGGCCACAUCUGGAUGGCUGCCGAGGAGACAUUCUCAGUGCCCGUCCUGACGAGUGGCUUGGACGCUGCCUCAUUGACUCUCUGGGCGUCGGCUGUGUCUCACAGCACCAGGGGCAGCAGUAUCGCUCAUUUGAACUGGCCAAAAAUAGGGACCCUGAGAAGGAAGGGAGCUCGGCUUUCCUGAGUGCCUUCGCCGUGCACCCUGUCUCCGAAGGUACCCUCAUGUACCGGCUCCACAAACGCUUCAGCGCUCUGGAGUUGGAGCGGGCUUACAGUGAAAUAGAACAACUGCAGGCUCAGAUCCGGAACCUGACCGUGCUGACCCCCGAAGGGGAGGCAGGGCUGAGCUGGCCCGUUGGGCUCCCUGCUCCUUUCACACCACACUCUCGCUUUGAGGUGCUGGGCUGGGACUACUUCACAGAGCAGCACACCUUCUCCUGUGCAGAUGGGGCUCCCAAGUGCCCACUACAGGGGGCUAGCAGGGCGGACGUGGGUGAUGCGUUGGAGACUGCCCUGGAGCAGCUCAAUCGGCGCUAUCAGCCCCGCCUGCGCUUCCAGAAGCAGCGACUGCUCAACGGCUACCGGCGCUUCGACCCAGCACGGGGCAUGGAGUACACCCUGGACCUGCUGUUGGAAUGUGUGACACAGCGUGGGCACCGGCGGGCCCUGGCUCGCAGGGUCAGCCUGCUGCGGCCACUGAGCCGGGUGGAAAUCCUACCUAUGCCCUAUGUCACUGAGGCCACCCGAGUGCAGCUGGUGCUGCCGCUCCCGGUGGCUGAAGCUGCUGCAGCCCCGGCUUUCCUCGAGGCCUUUGCAGCCAAUGUCCUGGAGCCACGAGAACAUGCAUUGCUCACCCUGUUGCUGGUCUAUGGGCCACGAGAAGGUGGCCGUGGAGCUCCAGACCCAUUUCUUGGGGUGAAGGCUGCAGCAGCUGAGUUAGAGCGACGGUACCCCGGGACGAGGCUGGCCUGGCUCGCUGUGCGAGCAGAGGCCCCUUCCCAGGUGCGACUCAUGGACGUGGUCUCGAAGAAGCACCCUGUGGACACUCUCUUCUUCCUCACCACCGUGUGGACGAGGCCUGGGCCCGAAGUCCUCAACCGCUGUCGCAUGAAUGCCAUCUCUGGUUGGCAGGCCUUCUUUCCUGUUCAUUUCCAGGAGUUCAAUCCUGCCCUGUCACCACAGAGAUCACCCCCAGGGCCCCCGGGGGCUGGCCCUGACCCCCCCUCCCCUCCUGGUGCUGACCCCUCCCGGGGGGCUCCUAUAGGGGGGAGAUUUGACCGGCAGGCUUCUGCAGAGGGCUGCUUCUACAACGCUGACUACCUGGCGGCCCGAGCCCGGCUGGCAGGUGAACUGGCAGGCCAGGAAGAGGAGGAAGCCCUGGAGGGGCUGGAGGUGAUGGAUGUUUUCCUCCGGUUCUCAGGGCUCCACCUCUUUCGGGCCGUAGAGCCAGGGCUGGUGCAGAAGUUCUCCCUGCGGGACUGCAGCCCACGGCUCAGUGAAGAACUCUACCACCGCUGCCGCCUCAGCAACCUGGAGGGGCUAGGAGGCCGUGCCCAGCUGGCCAUGGCUCUUUUUGAGCAGGAGCAGGCCAAUAGCACUUAGCCCACCUUGGGGCCCUAACCUCCUUACCUUUCCUUUGUCUGCCUCAGCCCUAGGAAGGGCAAGGCAAGAUGGUGGACAGAUAGAGAAUUGUUGCUGUAUUUUUUAAAUAUGAAAAUGUUAUUAAACAUGUCUUCUGCCAAA